AUGGUAUUUAAAUUUAAGAAGAAAAAGAAGGAAGAAAACUCGGACAAGGUAAGCAAGUUGUCACAAAACAAUGAAGGAAAUGCCAAUGAGGAGGGAGAAAAAAAAGAUCACAAAAGUAACUCCUGGUACAAGAAAAUUAUCGACAAUACAAUUAUAACGAAGAGCAAACAUGACGAUAAGGAGGAGGAGAAGGAAGAACAGGAGGGGGAAUGUGAAGGAAAUGGCACCAGAACGAUGGAAAGAAGUAAAGAUUACGAAUUGGAAGAACAGCUUAAGGAAACGCUAAGAUCUAUCACGUCCUUGUCGACCAAAAUUGUGAAUUACGAAACGAAGAUUGAGGAUUUGGAGAAAGAACUAAAAAUAGAAAAAGAUAAACAAGUCGAUAAGGCAUACGAAAAGGAGUUGAAGGAAAAGGAGAAUUUUAUUAAAGAAAAAAUUGGCAUGCUAAAUGAGAAGGAAAAUCUACUAAACGAAAAGGAGCUGGAUAUAAAUAUGAGAGAAGAAAAAAUUAAUGACAGAGAAAUGUUCAUUUCGAAAAAGGAAGACAAACUGAAUGAUCUGCAGGAGGAGUAUUUGGAAAAAAAUAAAGAAAAAGAAAAACUCCAUUUUGAAAUUGCAGACAUUAAAAUUUCGCUGGAAAAACUAAAGUACGAAGUUAAGGACAAAAAGGAGUGUCUAGAAAAUGUGAGCAAUAAAGUAAUUUUAAAGGAAAAUACACUGAGGGAGUUGAAAGAAUUUAUAAGGGAAAAAAACGAAAUGAUAGAAUCUCUUAACGAAAAGAUAACAGAGAAGGAGAAAAUAUAUGAACAGUUAGGGAAGGAUGUGGAAGAGAAAAGAAAGAUAAUCGAAUUGCUGGACGUGAAAGCAAAUGAAAAGGAAAAAUAUUUCGAAGAAAAAAUUAAAGAGUUAGAAAAGGAACAAAAUGCUCUUCUUCAAAAAUUAAAUGAUGUUAAGGUCAGAGAAAAGGAAGUUGAGACCAGGGAAAAUGACUUCCUGCACAUGGAAGAUGAGCUGAAUGAUCUUCGCAGUAGCUUCUCGAAGAAUGAUUGUCAGCUAAAGAUCUACAAAUUAGAAAUAAAAGAUUUGAGCAGCGCCCUUGUGGAGAAGGAGAGAGAAAUAUUGGACUUAAAAAACACCUACGAUGGAGAAAUUUGCUCGUUAAAGGAUCAGAUAAAGGAAAAGGAAAAAGAAAUUGCCAAAUGCAGUUCCUCCAAUGGUGACGUGGAUGCGCCGGAUAAGCCAUCCAGCCAAGUUGAUAGUACAGAAAAGGUAGACGCGGAAGUAGAAUGUGAGCAGAACCUCACCGAUUUGCUCAAAAUUAAGGAAAGAGAGCUCCACGAAAUGAAGGAAAAAUACACAAACGAAAUAGACACACUAAAUAGCCAGCUGAAUGAAAAAAGGAAAGAAUUUGUGGAGAUAAAAAAUAGCUAUAUCAACGAAAUAAACAAUCUGAAUGAUGAAAUUGAGGAGAGCAAAAGCAAUUUGGCAGAACUGAAAAGUGGCUACGAAAUGGAGAUAAACAAACUGCGCGUCGAAAUGAAUGCAGUACACGAGGAGAAGUACCUCUUGAACAACGAAAAACAAACACUCAGUGGAGAGAUAAACAAGCUGAAUGAAGAGAAGGAGUCCUUAGCCAAUGAAAAGGAGGGACUAAAUAACAAAGUAAUCACGUUGAACAGCGAAAUUGCAGCGUUAAAUAUGGAAAAACAGGGACUCAAUGGAGAAAUAAAUACACUGAACGAUCUGAUCAACACUCUGAAGAAUGAAAUAAGCUCUUCAGAUAACUUGAUUAACAAACUGAAAGAGCAAAUGAACGCCAUCAACGAAGAAAAGGAAGGCAAGGAAAAACUCAUCACAGAGAUAGAAAAUAAUUACAAAAAUGAAAUAAACGUGUUGAAAGAAAAAUUAAAAGAUACAGACAAUCAAGUGAGCAAAAGUAUGAGAGAAGAACUGGACAACCUAAAAAGCCUCCUUGGCGAAAAGGAAAAGGAAAACAAACAAAUGAAGGAGGACUACGAUAAAAAAAUAAAACAGUAUGAGGAAGAAUUGAAAUCGAAGCAACAAUAUUUUGAAAAAGAAUUAAAUGACAUACGGAACAAAUCGCGCGAAAAGGAACAAAUGUUAAUUUUAAAAAAUGACGAAUUGAAGGAGUUGAAAUUGAAGACAGAGGAAAAGUACCUUAAGCUGUAUGAUGACAAAAUGAAUCUCCUCAGGAAUAUCUGCUCCAAAGUGAGGGUCCCAUACAGCGAUGAAGUUCAGGUGGAUGAGCUUCUCGAAAGGGUGGGUAACUACAUAAGUCAGAUGAAUGAACAGUCUGGCGCAAUGGACAGCAGGGAGAAAAAUGAGGAACAGCAUAAUGAAGGACAGACCAUUGGGGAGGACAAGAGUGAAUCUUCUAUGAACGCCGAACCGGUUGAUAAUGCUAAUAGCCCAACUGACAACACAACCCUACAGGCGCUACAGAAAGAACUAGAAUGUGUGCAAGAAGAGCACAGAGAAGUGAUUGCCAAAAUGAAGAACGAUUUGGCGAUGAAGGAAAAAACGAUAGAGGAGUCGAACAACACAAUCGCCGAGUUGACCAGCAGGAUAAACAGCCUGAAUGAUACCAUUUCCUCUUAUAAGAUAAAUAAUUCCGAGGAGAAAAUUAAUUCCUACGUGGAUGAAAUUAACAGCUUGAAUUUGACGCUUAGCGCGCUUAAGAAUAAAAAUGAACAGAAUGAACAGGAGCAGCUGGAGAAGCAGAACGAAAUUGCAAGAUUGUCGGAAGAGCUCAGCGAGUAUAAGCGGCGUGCAGAUGAGCAAUCCAGAAAGACGAUCAAUGAGAAGGAGAGAAGCGAAUCGAAGAGAGGAGACACAAGAAGUGACUCCGACAAGGAACAAAUCUCCGAGUCGGACGUGGAAGGGGGGGGCAAUUUAAAAUCCUUUUUACACUUUCCCCUUCGCAAAAUAAAAGGGAAAAAAAGAAAGGUCUCUAAAACUGAGAAGGAAAUACAAACGGAGCUCAGGAGAAACGAGCCAGAUAAUGAUCAGAGUGGUAAGAAUGAUAAGGUACCUGAAACAGAUAACCAGGACGUGGACAAAUACAAAAACGAACUGGAACAAAUGGAGAAGAUAAUUGAGGACUUGAAUGACAAAAUAUGCACCCUGACGAACGAGGUCAUGCAUUUGAAAAAUGUGAAGAACGAACUGGAUGAGCGGAACAGCACCUUGGCGAAGGUGAACAAAGAGGCAGAAGAGCAAAGAGAGAAAUUGGACACGCUGAGCGCCCAACUGGGGGGUGCAAAUGAAGAGAUUGCGAAGCUGAACGAAGAGGUGGAAAAGAUCAAGAAGGAAGAAGCACAAUCGAGGGAGGCAGCCAAGAAGUGGGAAGGAGAAGCGGAGAUAUGGAAAGAAGACGCAGCAAAGUGGAAAGCGGACGCCGAGACGUGGAGGAAAGAAGCUGACGAACUGAAAAACAGCGCAGAUCAAAUGAACGAAGAAUUAUACUCGAAAGAAAAUAACUAUAUGUUGAAGCUGAACGAAAAUAUAGGAGUUAUACAAAAAUUGAAGGACUCAAUUGAUGCAAGUGAAAAGGAAAAGGAAAAUUACGUUAACGAGAUAAAAGACUUGAAAAACCAAUUCGAAGUGCUAAAAUUGAAGCAUGAUGCUUUGAGCAAAGAUUACGAUGCGUUAAAUAGGACUUAUAAGGAGUUGGAGGGGAAGAAGAGCAGCCCUCCUAGUGGUGAUGAUCUCACCCGUGAUGGAGAAAAUAAAUUAAGCAUCCAAAAUGGUAAUUGCGAAAUGGACCAAGUGGAGGAGGUGAAUUACAGCACAGGUGUUCCCAAGAGGGUUGACUCCACAUUGGUAGUGAGCGAGUACGUAAACGAAAUAGCACACCUGAAGGAAGAAAUAAACAGACUAAGCCUACUGUAUAGCAACGGACUGAACGAAAAAAACAGCUCUGACAUAAGGAUCAAAGAGCUGCUAAACCAGUUGAAGGAACUCGAAGUGAAGGAUAAAGAAAAUGAAGAAAAGAUUGCUGCACUAACCAAAAUGAAUGAGAAAAUGAAAGCGAAAAAUGAAAAAGUGAAAUCGGGAAAAUGGUUAUCUAGGAAGGAUCGCGUAUCGAAUGAACAGGCGAGUGUCGCAGAGGAGGAGGGAAAAGUGAUUCCCCCGGAUGUGAAUGAGAAGAAGAAUCUGGCAUCAGAACAAGUGAACACAUUGGAGGAAGACAAGUACCGUGUGAUGAGAAUAAUUGAUGAAUGUAACUCCGAGGCAGGAGGCAAAAUAAUUGGGUCCUACUUGUACACCAAAAAUGUGGAAAAUUUACACGCAAUGAAUGGGGUAAAAAAGGAAGAUGCGCAGUUGGUUCAGAAAGACGUAAUAACAGUUGUGUGUCUAAUUCUAAGCGAAAUGUUAAGCCUCCUAUUUUUAAACGAUAAAUUUGUUAAAAACUUUGAACAGAUAAACAAGAAUCUGUGGAAGCUUAUCUACAUGCCUGAGGAGAUUAAAGCUCUCCUUCUGAAAUAUUUUUGCUUUAUGAAUAAGCUAAGGAAUUAUGUUAAAAAGGUACAGGGAAAAAUGGACAAUGAAGGGCACGACGAUAACCAAGGGGACGGUCAUAACCAAAGGUACGAUGAUUCGUGGUUCCUUUUUCAGAACUAUUUGCAGUCAUCAAGUAGUAUGGAGAGAGACAUGGUGUACUUCAUUUUGGAGGAAAAGAAAAAUGAACUAGCCGAGCUGAGUGAGCAUUAUGGUGGUGGAUUAAGAAAAGGAGGGCCACUAAGCGGAGGAAAAAUCUCAGACAUACUAAACUUUUCAAAGGACGAAAUGAGAUUAAAGACUAUAGCACAGUUAAGAAGAGAUCUAAAUUUCGAAAAAAAAUCGAAAAUAUUGCUAAAUAGGGAUUAUCAACUUUUACUUUAUAAGUACCAAGAAUGCGUGAGGAAGCUAAAGAGAGUAAAAAAUAUGAUAAAGCAGCUAAAUUUAAACGACUCUUCAAAUAAAGGCAAUUUUGCCUUAAACAGAGAACUGGACAAAUAUUCAGAUAUGAGUAAUGAAAAAUGUUUUAACGUAGAAGAGGAUGAUGACGAUUCACAUGGAAAUAAUAAAAACUGUAUUAUGUAUGAUGAUAAUAAUAACACAAAAUUGGAGAGUCAAGAAAAUGUUUUAAUUAAUGACGUAAUUAAUUUGAGGAAGGCGCAAAAUGUGAAGAGAAAUAAUUUGCCCAAUUGGGGUCGUCACAACAUGGGGGGCAGGUGUCACGAAGAAGCUGCUCAUGCCGUAAAGGCAAUGGUAAAUGGUCCCAAAAUAAUCAGCCACAAUAAUUUUACACACACGAACAGGUUGAGCAAUGCGCCAAAAAUUAGUGCCCACUUGGAGGACAUGAAAAAAAUGAAAAAUAUUUUUAACGAAUUUGUUGACUGUAGAGGGGACAUAACGUUUGUGCACAGGAGUCCCUUCUGCUAA